GACAGUGACAGGGCAGAGAGGACAUAGACAGAUUGGAUUACAUAGAUAGAUAGAUAGAUAGAUAGAUAGAUAGACAGACAAACACAUCUGAUCUAUACUCUCUCCAGUGGAGUACACAGUACAUUAUUUGAGGACACCCCACAUUCUGUGCGCCCACUUUUGUCUACAGGAUCUGCCCAGCUGGAAUGCAUAGAUCUGAGUCAAAUUACUGCAGAGAGGAGACUACUCUGGGUCGAGGCGGUGGAAAUUCAUGGGUCCCUCCUCCGGCCACUGCUCCUGAGCCUGGCCGAACCUCCAACUCUCCUGUAGCCCAGGUCAGCCCUGCUCCAAGCCCCCAGUCUGGAUAUGGCGGCUACAGCUCCUCUGAUGAGAAGCCUGGUGACCCCCGGAUCAGGCGCCCCAUGAAUGCUUUUAUGGUAUGGGCCAAGGAUGAGAGGAAGAGACUGGCACAGCAAAACCCGGAUCUACACAAUGCUGUACUAAGCAAAAUGCUGGGUCAGUCCUGGAAGAGUCUGACCGCCAUAGAGAAGCGUCCUUUCGUUGAGGAGGCAGAACGUCUCCGCAUCCAGCAUCUUCAUGAUCAUCCAAACUACAAGUACCGCCCACGUAGGAAGAAGCAGGCCAAGAAGAUGAAGAGAGUUGAGUCAUCCCCAUUGCUUAGGCCUGAGGCAUACUCUGGAGGGGGACACGGUCCAUCCAACCUCGCCCACUUCCGAGAACUGCAGCCUUUGGCAUCCAAUGAACUGGAGAGUUUUGGGUUGCCAACCCCAGAAAUGUCUCCUUUGGAUGUUCUGGAGCAGGGUGAGCCAGCCUUCUUCCCCCCUAACAUGCGGGAGGACAUGGAGUCUAUGCCCUUUAGAUCCUAUCAGCAUGGCAUUGAAUAUGGCCAAGAGAAGACGCUGAGGGAGCUCUCCAUACCAUACUCUCCCUCACCAUCUCAUAUGAGUAAUAUUCUUAGGACUCCACCGUCCGCUGCAUUCUACUACAACCCUCAGGGUGGUCCUACAACCUGCACUCCCCUGGGCCAGCUGUCUCCACCUCCUGAGGCACCCCAGUUGGACACCAUGGAUCAUCUGAAUCCAUCUGAGCUAUGGGGAGAUGUUGACCGCAAUGAAUUUGACCAAUAUUUGAAUAUGAGCAGGACUCAGGUGUCCAUUCCUGGGUAUCACUUGCCAAUGACCAAACUAGUUACUACUAGGACUAUGCCCUGUGAGGAGAGCAGUCUUAUUUCUGCUCUCUCUGAUGCCAGCACCGCUAUGUACUAUAGUCCUUGCAUCACCGGCUGACAUGACUCCACAGUGAGCGCAAACGCCUGGUGUCUAUGGUGGCAGAUAGGCACCAGUAUGGGGCAGGCGCAGCCCUAGCUCAGUGUUCAGCUGGGUGCCAAGUGCAGAUUAUCCCUCUGAUAAGGAUGUGGAAUAGGGUCAUUGCAGGACACAAGUGCAGAUCACCAACACUCUAGUCUCUUUUACUAGGGUACAAGGCAGCAGACAGGAUAUCAGGAUUGAUUUUCGAUACGACACAGCAUCAGUGUGCUCUUUGCAUUGGAUACAGCAGUAACUGCAGAGUAUCUCAAAGGGGGAACUAGAAGGGUAUGGCCACAUGUUGCAGUAUGCUGCAGAUUUUCUGCAGGUGGAUCCACUUCUGCCUAUGGCUCAUUUACUGCUGCAGAAAACCUGCAAUAUAUCUGCAAUGUGGGUUCCUUGAUGAAGUCAGUAAACUAGAUACUAAAUAGAGAAAGUUGUAGAAGGAAGUAUUAACCACACAAUUAGGGCUUUUUAAAGGGGGGAUGGUUACACAAGGUUAAAGCAGGUUACAGGUAGAUGGGGUCCACCUUAAAAUUGGGAAUAUUAUGUUUAAUAGUCUCUUUGGAGAUGAUUACUGGUUUACCCCUGGAAUGGUUAUUUGCAGGUGAUAGGUGCAUAUUAAAGGGGAACGCUACAUAUGUAUCCAUAUCUUGCAUUCAUAAUAGGAUGAGUUGAAGUUUUUCUGCUUCUACAGUAUAUGUAUUAAUACAUUUCCUAAACUGUAGCCUGAAACUGCUACGGUAACUAGUGGGGUCACCAUAUGUGGCAUUAAUGUCACUGGUGUAAGCCCACUAACAGCUGUGGGCUUCUUUAUCUCUCUGACCUCAGUUCACUCAUGAAUAACCAGCUCCAUUUCUCAAUCGUCAACUAAACUGAGAAGGACAAUAUGAUCUGCUGCAAUGAUGGCCAACAAUUGCACCAUACAGUAGUCCCAAUUCGUGGGCCCUAAUAGGAUUCAGAAAUCUUGUGCGCUAAAAUAAUACCCAUAUUUUCACACAAAAGACCUUGAAAAGCAGAUGCGUAAUUUGAACUUCCUAAGCUCUGGUGCGAAAUCUCUAACAUGGCCCCCCAAUAAUAUGUGUCGUAUAUAGUCCUCCUAUUUGGCAGAGAGGGCAUUGGGCCCUUUAUUCUCCAAUGGCCUAGGUGCGACUCUAUAUCUACGCAAACAUACAAGCAGAAAUAAAUAAAAAAAAUUGCAAAUCCCUUAUGAAUGCUAUGACUUCCAAAAAGUUGUGUGACCAAGGAGAAAUUGUAGCAUGGACUGUCUGCUUGCCCAACCUUCUGAAAAUAAUACAGCAAGAUGUAGCCUUACAAUCUUUGAUACUGUGCCCGGUCCUGGAUCACCCUUCAGGACUGUGAUUUAAAGUGACCCACAGACUUGUCCCUGACCAUAGAGUUUGAACCCCGAGAACAGCAGGUCCAUUUAACCCCCUGGCUGCCGGGAUUCUGGGUAACAUGUUGCACUGGCCUCUCCUGUGGCCUGAGAGGAUGAAUUCGUAUUGUAUUCCAUGUCAUAAUGUGUCUUUUUUUUUUACACAUUUGUAUACCAUUUAAAAGCUGUUUGUCUAUGUAACUUCUUUUUUUAUGGAUCAGGAGAAAAAAAAACAAUGAGGAUUUGACUGGAUGGGUGUUUUUACACAGAAUUUGGUUGAUUUGGUGUCAAAAUGUUUCCCAAAGAUCAGUGGCACAAAAACAUGUAAAAAAUACAAUGCCUGGAUUUAUUAAUCUGUCCAAGACAAAAACUGUCUGAUUUUGCCCAUAACAACCAAUCACAGCUCAGCUUUCACUUUACCAGAGCUCGCUCAGACAUAUAAGCUAAGCUGUGAUUGGUUGUUUGGUUGUUAUGGGCAACACCAGACAGUUUGUGUCAAGAAAAGAUCGAUAAAUCCGGGCCAGUGUCUCACCAUCUACAGAAAUCAUGUGACAUGUGAGACCUGCAAAUGUUCUAACAAUGAUACAUACAGUAUACACAUUGGGGGAGAUUUAUCAAAACCUGUCCACAGGAAGAGUGGUGCAGUUGCCCAUAGCAACCAAUCAGCUCGCUUCUUUCAUUUUUAAAUAGGCCUGUGAAAAAUGAAAGAGGCGAUCUGAUUGGUUGCUAUGGGCAACUGGAUAACUUUUCCUCUGGACAUUUUUUGAUAAAUCUUCCCCAUUAUAUACACAUAUACCUACAGCGACGGUUUUAUACACACAUGUACGGUAUAGAGAUAUACAUGGAUAAUUUAAUCUUAAUAAAGAGAUACCUGAAAAAUAUCCAGCCUCUACCACUGUUCCCCAAUCAAAACGACAACUCCCAUCAUGCCUUUCGGCUGUCAGGGCAUCAUAGGAGUUGUACUAUAGUUUUGCAACAGCUGGAGAACCAUAGGUUGGAAAACACUGGUCUAUACACAAAUACCCCUAUAGCGUACACGCAUGCACUACACACAUAUGCAGUAUAUACACAAGAAUUUAUAAAGGUAUACACAUACAUACACACAUCUAUACUAUAGACAGAUACAUUCACCUAUAUGCAUAAAGUACACAUAUACAGACAUAAAUGCAUCAAAAUAGACAUACAGCAAUAUAUACAUCUACAUACAUGUUUACAUUAACAUACAUCUAUCUGCACAUGUACACGCAUACAAGCAAAGAGACAGACAUCUGCACACAUAAAUGUGUACAUACAUACAUCCACACAUCUACAUGCAAACAUAUAUAUAUAUAUAUAUAUAUAUAUAUAUAUAUACAGUCCGUAAUUCAGUAUCAUUGCAAUAGGUGCAAAAUUUGGCCUAAACCUUAAAACCAAUCAACAGUUAGCUUCAUGUUCAGGAAGGUGGUGAUGCCACCAUUUCAUCAGUAGUACCCAUACAAUCACCUCACGAUCACCUCACGAUGUCCACCCUCAGGUGCCCCCUACGUGUUACGCUACACCAUAGGGCUCCAAAGUGUGGACCUCCAGCUGUUGCAAAACUACAACUCCAAGCAUGCCCGGACAGCCGUUGGCUCUCAGGGCAUGCUUGGAGUUGUAGUUUUGCAACAGCUGGAUGUCCACACAUUGGAGAACACUGCCCUACACCAUGCCCUGUAGACCCUGGUUUGAGUGAGGGACCCCUCUCUAGCAAAUAGUUUUUUAACUUGUUCUUGGCCAAUACUGUAUGAUGUUUUGUAAAGGUAGAGGAAGUACUUGUCUUAUUUGAAUUCAUAUAAGCUAACUUUUGAUUGGUUACUAAUUGUAAUAUGCUGAUUGCUGAUUGGUCCAUAUGGUCUAGUGCAGAUUGGCAAUAAAUCUGUCGAUAAACCUCUGUGUUGCUCCAUGUCUUAUGUUUGUGUCAAUUUUUUACCAUCCUGGUCCCAUCCUCCCAUAACAAAAUAAAGUGUAUG